AUGCAGCACUCGAACGCGUCAGAAGGCGAUCGCUUGCCUCUGCAUCAGUGAGUGGACAGACUCGAAGUCAGUGAUCGGACCCCGGGCGCGGUGUCGAAGGCGCGAACCAUUCUCGACCGACAGACUGCGCCGCGCGUUGCUUCGGUCAUCAUCCAGUUCAAAGACGGGUGCUGACAGACGGAAUGGCGUUGGCCGCCAAUGCUCAUUGUUUUUUGCAGAGGGAGGGACUACCAGGGCGUUCCUUAUUACGACCAGACCGAGCAUCGAUAUGGAUCGGGCUACACGGAGAAGCCUACACAGAAGGUGAGUGAGCCAAACAACGGGCAGCGCCGUCGAAACACUGCGAAAGGACGCGUUAGCGCAGAAUUCGCUCCCGGCCUGAAAUGCAUCGUAGGUUUUGCGCACCUCUGACAUCUUUUCCUUCAAUUUUUUGUGUGACAGGAAUCUAGGAAGAAGCUGUGCAUCAUCAUUAGCGUCAUCAUCUUGAUUCUCGCCAUCGUCGGCGGAGUUGUUGGCGGUGUCUUGGGCUCGCGCAAAUCGCACAACAACAGCUCAAACUCAGACUCAGGUUCAUCGUCUAGUGGUAGUGGAUCUUCUGGUGGAGGAUCGAGUCCUUCACUGGUCAACACGGCAAGUGGCGGAGUCAAUCACGGUCUGCUUCUUCCGACUGUGAGUGAUCGCCGAUUGGCAAGAGUUUUCAUCUCUGGGGGCUCGGAUGGCACGAGUCCCACGGCAGCUGCGCUGCGUCGCUGUUUGCGUGUAGGCGAGAGAAGAACACGCUGACCAUGGUGAAUUACGCUGUCAUAGUCGACCGACGUUCUCGGCAAUCCUCUGUACCCGACCGCCACCGGAUCAGCCGUCAUCUCGGCGCCGACGACGAUCAACGACUCGAAAGUAUUUUGCCAGGCCGACCCCUACACAUUCGCCAACACCUCGUCCUUGGCUGUUCGCAAAGAGCAUCCUCUGUUGAUUGCUCCGGCCUACAAGUGGGACUGCGUUCGUAACGCGAUCCCGAACAAUUACUACCUCAGCUUCUGGAACGAUACCAUCUUCCAAAAUGCGACCAAGUUUUAUGACCUUUCGCCGACGAACUACACGAUCGAUGGUGGCCUUGGAGGUAUGGUAAUAGUGAGCGGACGAUCAGAGAAAGGGGGGGGGGGCGAUUGCUAUCGAAGCGCAGAGACCGAGAUGCCGAAACCGAGAAACACGCAGAUAAUGAAACCGAGAAUGAUAGAUUCGCAGAAAUGUCCUCUUCCAAGCGGUCCUCCCCUCCGAAAGUCGCCUCCCUCCAAAGUCGGUCUGAGUCGUGUCUAGUCUAGUGGUCUAUCUCCGAACAAGAAGCGAGUCUUCCCUCCAACGCCAGGACACUCCAUUCCCCCCGGGCCAGCUUCCUCCUCUUUUCCGACACUCGGCCUUCUGAUCACGCCAUACUUCGUCCUGAUCACGCCAUUCCUUGCUCCUGUCACACGGUCCCUUGCUCUGAACUUUUAUCCGCUCAUGUGACGCUAGGCCGAGUUAGCCGAAUCUGCGCUUCCCGACUAAGCGACUCCAGCCCGAUUUCCGAGACCACCGAAUUAGCCGACGCCCGCGUGAGUCGACUACCCUAAUGCAGCCGACAAGAUCGGGAGUCCCAUCUCAUUUCCGACAACAGGAGCCUCAUUUCCGACUUUGCUGCACACGACGGGAUCCCGAGUACCACAGAGGUAAGCUUGAUAAUGGAUGGCCGUGGUUGUUGGGGCGAAUUUAAGCUCUGCAUCAGGGUUACGAGAGCUAAUCAAGUUUGUCGCCUUCUUCUGUGACAGGAUCGGGUGUGCUCGACGUCGCCCGCGAGGUGCAGCUGCGCAUCAAGCACUGGGCCUACGCUUACCGCAUGACGAACGACACCAGAUGGGUCAACCGAACAUGGACCGAAGUUUUGACCGCAGCAGGUAAUUCAACCACGGGCCAAUACUUUGGUAUCACGGGUGACAACUGGAACUCGAUCCAUUUCCUCGACGUGGGCGAAUUCACGGCUGCGUUCGCCAUCGCCUAUGAUUGGCUCUACGAUGCCUGGACCGAGGAACAACGAGCGGCGAUCCGAUGGUCCAUCACGAACCUGGGUCUUUCAUACGGUCUGAACGUUUACCAAGACCCCGAUGGCGCGGCGGAGAGCUAUUCUUGGUGGCGACUGCAACCGGGCAACUGGGACUGCGUUUGCACGAACGGUCUCAUCAUGGGUGCUUUGGCGAUCGCUAACGAGGACACAACUGGUAUUGCGGCCAAGGUCCUCGCGUAUGCGACCGCUAACAGCGCCGAGGUUUGCGCGAUGGCCGUACAGGCUGGUGAGUCAAGAUUCGAACUCGCCACGGUAAAGUCCGCUUUGGCACCGACAGAAAAACUGAGGGGCACGUGUAUUGAAUAGACGGAACAUGGACCGAAACCCCCAACUACUGGUACUUCGGCACGACGGCGCACGCCGAAGCCGCGAGUUCCCUCCUGUCCGCGACAGGCUCAACACAGGGGCUCUUGACCUCGAACCCGUCGCAAAACUUGAGUUCGCUUUACCACAUGUACGUGACGGGCCAGAAAGGUCUGUUCGACUAUGGUGAUACUGGACCGAGGAAGUUCACGGCCACCGCGAACGGUCUUUUGUUCUACGGUGAUCAAUUCGGUGAGUGGCGACUCCUGGGCCGAAUCACUCGAUCGCUGUGUGAAAUCAGGGCGUGACUGACAUUGACAAAUUUCAUGCUCUCGAAUACACCACCUCUCAUGUAGACAUUCCCACGUAUGCCCUCUUCCAACGGGACCGAGGAGAUGCCCCGGAACCGAUGGCCAUGUUCUGGUACAACCCUCAGACCAGGGGAUCGUGGUGGGACAAUUUGGCUCUCGACCACCACUUCCCCAACGCGACCGACGACUGGGCCUCGAUGCGAUCCAGUUGGACCGACAACAAUGGAACGUAUGUUGCGAUGAAGGCUGGCAACUUGACCGGUCAUCAAACGCAUGGUGAUCUCGAUAUUGGUCAGUUCCUUCCCUCCUCGGCCUUCUGUACGCUCUCCGCGCGCAUGUACUGACUCUCAUGAUCGACUGGGGCUUCAUUCCUGUAGGAGACUUUGUUAUGGACGCUUUGGGACAACGCUGGGCCGGAGAGAACGGCAACGGACAGUACCUUGCAAACGGCUACGUGCGUUAUUCAGAACAAAACGCGGAAGACAUCUUCGUUUUGCACCAGCUGAUGUCAAAGUUUUCGUUGCCUCACCAGUUCACCACCGAAGCGCAGGAUGGCGCGCGAUGGACCUACUACCAGAAAGGAACACAGGGCCAGAACACCAUCAUGAUCAACGAGGCCAACCAGAAUGUGCUUGCCGCGCCAGCUUUGGUAUUCGACACAACGGGCGAGGCUCAGACCGCGCUGAAUUACGCGGUGCCGAGCUCUUCAACGGCGUACAUGACCGUGGAUAUGACGGCGACUUACAAUGACACGACGUGAGCUCACCAACCGAGUGUUGGAGUGACAGAGACAUAUCACGUCUGCUGAUCUCUCGGUCCCGUACGUUGUUGUCAGAUCGGCGAAACGAGCGAUCCGCUUUUUGAACAAGCGACAGCAGAUCUUGCUCCGAGACGAGAUCACGACGACGGGAGCGAUCCUGUGGCGCAUGCAAACGAACGCAACCGUCUCGAUUACCUCGAACGGAACAACAGCGACUCUGACUCUCGGUGGACAAACGAUGAUUGCAAACUUGCGUCAACCUUCGAAUGGGACCUUCACGACCGUCGAGGCGGUACGAUUAUCGGGCGAGGAUUCUCCUUCACUGGCGUCCGGCAACGUGGAUACUCCCAAUGGGCCGAUUCCAGGAGUAACGGUGUUGACGGUGUCUCUGAGGGCAGGAACGCGUACGAUCGAAGUCUUGUUCAAGUGAGUUUCCAAACGUCGAUCACGUGACCAAGUACAUCUUUCGCGCGAAUGCUGACCCUCAAGCCCGAAUUCUCUGCCUGCUCUGCAGCCCUCAAUGGUCGACCCUGAAAGCAUCGGACUACGUCGACCCUCCCGAUAUGACGAUCGACAAAUGGACGCUAACCUCCCACAACUGA